AUGCCUCUGGCAGACGCUCAGGCUGUUCCGCCCGUCCGCUCCGAGAUUGGUGUGACUGCCUAUCUCUUUGACCUCAGCCAGGUUACUCUGACCGACAGCAGUCGUUGGCUCGGCAACCAGGGCCGCACCCUCUCCUACCUCAAGAACGUCGAUGUGGAGCGCCUCCUCUACAACUUCCGUGCCAACCACAAGCUCAGCACCAACAGCGCAGCUACCAACGGCGGCUGGGAUGCCCCAAAUUUCCCGUUCCGCUCGCACAUGCAGGGGCACUUCCUGACGGCAUGGGCUCAGUGCUGGGCCACGCUUCAGGACACGACCUGCCGUGAUCGUGCGAACUACUUCGUGGCAGAGCUCGCCAAGUGUCAAGGCAACAAUGCCGCCGCGGGGUUUUCUGCAGGCUACCUGUCUGGAUUUCCUGAAUCUGAGAUCACCGCCGUCGAGGAUCGGACCCUGACCAGUGGCAACGUCCCUUACUAUGCCCUCCACAAAACCCUGGCAGGACUCUUGGAUGUGUGGCGGCACACAGGAGAUGCGAAGUCCAAGACUGUGUUGCUCAACAUGGCGAACUGGGUGGAUGUCCGCACAAGCAAGCUGUCGUACGCAAAGAUGCAGGCAAUGAUGGGCACCGAAUUCGGAGGGAUGAACGAUGUCCUCGCUGAGAUCUACUACUGGACUGGUGAUUCCCGCUACCUGGCAGCCGCCCAGCGCUUCGACCACGCUGCUGUAUUUGACCCGUUGGCCCUGAAGCAGGACAAACUCAACGGCCUGCACGCCAACACCCAGGUGCCAAAAUGGAUUGGUGCGGCCCGCGAGUAUAAGCAGACCGGCAACACGAAGUAUCUCGACAUUGCGCGCAAUGCGUGGAACUUCACCGUCGGCGCCCACACGUACGCUAUUGGAGGCAACAGCCAGGCCGAGCACUUCCGCCCCCCGAAUGCCAUCGCGGGGUACCUGAACCAAGACACGUGCGAGGCGUGCAACUCGUACAACAUGCUCAAGCUCACACGGGAGCUGUGGACCAUUGAUCCUGCCGCGUCCUACUUCGACUACCAUGAGCGUGCUGCGCUUAACCACCUGCUCGGCCAGCAGGAUCCGUCCUCGGCGCAUGGCCAUGUCACGUACUUUACGCCCUUGAACCCUGGUGGCCGUCGUGGUGUUGGCCCCGCCUGGGGAGGCGGCACCUGGUCUACUGACUACAAUUCUUUCUGGUGCUGCCAAGGCACUGGCAUCGAGACAAACACAAAGUACAUGGACUCGAUCUAUGGCUACGAUGCCUCGUCCCUCUACGUCAACCUCUUCAUCCCCUCGAAGCUGAACUGGAAGCAACGCAACGUGAUGGUCUCUCAAACCACUACUUAUCCUCAAAGCGACACCACUACCCUCACAAUCACCGGCUCGGCCCAGUUCCAGCUCAAAGUCCGCAUCCCGGGCUGGACCAAGAGCCCCAAAAUCGCCAUCAAUGGCCAGGCCGUUUCCGUCUCGCUCACCCCAGGCACGUACGCCACCAUCCCCAGCCGUGCCUGGAAGACCGGCGACACGGUGACCAUCACCCUGCCCAUGAAGCUGCGCCUCAUCCCGGCCAACGACAACCCGUCCCUCGCUGCGGUGGCGUACGGGCCCGUCGUGCUGUCCGGCAACUACGGCAACACCGCGCUGUCGGCGGCCCCGACGCUCCCGCUGGGCAGCGUGGCUCCCAAGAGUGGUGCGGGGGCUCUGGCGUUCACUGGCACCACGUCGGAUGGGAAGAAGGUGGACCUUGGACCGUUCUUUGAUGCGCAGGGGUUCAAUUAUGUCGUGUAUUGGAAUGUCCAGGGGACGCUGCCGGCGUGA